UGUUGCUUCGGGUGCUCUUAACGAAAUUUCAGGAUGACGCAUACGAAAACCAGUAAACCAAUGUUUGCCAGCAAGUUGCGUUUUUGCUGAAAAUGGAUUUGGAAUGCGGUUUUUAACGGCUAAUUGGUACGCAAUUGCCCGGAUAUCGUGAAUGGUUAAGCCAUACAUUCUGGUUUCCAUGUUCAUUGCCAAUUGAAGAUCCUUUUACUUCUGUUAAUCCAAUCAAUGGGAGUAAGUCAAUUAGAAUGUAUUUUUAGGAGGUGCAUUAGGAAGAAAUAUCAGAAUAUAAAAUGGGGUCAUCAAAAUCAAAAACGCAGCAACAGGAGCUGGAUGAAAACGAAGUUAUAAAUGCAAAUUUUAUAAAUCAGGAGCAGACCAUUCAGUUCAGCACUGACAUGAAGGUUGCAGUGAUUUUGGUUAUCAUUAUGUUGGGUAAACUGUACAGUAUCCACAAGAAAAAUAUGAAAAGGCCGAUUAGUAGAAGAAACGCGGCAUCUGUAUCCCCCAUACAGCAAGUCUAAGGAGAAUGUGACUGUGAAAGGAUUUUUCAGUAGAGUAAUACCUUUCCACAAGGCCAAGGGGUGGAAGCGGCCAGGUAUACUCGGGCCUGGCUAUUGGGGGGCAAACCCUUAGGCAGCUCCGCCAGCGGGUAAUGCGGUGUUGAUCCGAAGGAUUUGACUACCGCAUUGCCCAAGAGAUGUACCUAAUGAUAGGCACCAACGAUGUGAGAAGAAAUAAGGAUUUACGCGUUAUGGAGCUAGAGUUGGUGCGCCUCCUAUCAUCGUUGAAGGCACAGGGUACAGCGCAUUAAUUUGUGCACUGUACCCUCCGUGUUUGCGGAGUGGACGGCUUCACAGCGCCGCACCUUAACAAAGUUUAAUAAUUGGAUUCGGGCGUACAGAGAUCUUCGACUUUGCUGUCCUCUCUGCCACACGUUAUUAAGGAACAAUUCAACCCAUCGAUUCGAAUGCAGGCCUGUCAUAUGUGCAUAUUGCUUAGAAAGGUUGCACAUGAAAAUUGAAGGUGUUCCGAAAUACAGGUGUGUCGUCUGCAGCGAGUACAGCUACCCAAUACGAAUUUAUUAAUUAAGAUUACCCACGUCUUGCCCUUUUUUUAUCGCAUGCGUUUAGUUUUGUUUGCCUGCGUUUUGUUUUCAUCGCCCGCGUCUUAUUAUCUGCAUUGGCCAUGGCUUCAAAUAUUCUCAUUAUUAAACCACAGCUUGUUUAAAAGUUUGUGGAGUUCUAAUAAUUCAUUCAGAUAUUAAUAAAACUUGAAAAUGUAUGCCUUGGUACGAUUUGAUGAUCAAAUACAUCAUAUUUGCACAACUCACACUCUCAGAAGAAAGGGAAACUGUUUACAAUCAAAAUGGACUGACGGCAGAUAUUAUCCUGCUAAGGUUGUUACAUAUAAUAACAACCACCAUUUAUUGUCAAGUAUAAUGAGCAACAUUUCUCACAACCAACACCAACCAUUUGUUGACCUUUGUCCAUUAUCUGGUUGCCAAGUUUCUUCCAAUGUCCAACAACCCACAAAUACAGUCGAGACAGUGGGGAAUUUAUAUGAAGAUGGCAUUAACCCCCUCAUCUGUCAAUCUCCCAAUUGGUUUUUACUCGACUAUCCUGUGGAAGCUGCUGUCUCCAGUCAACAUAUUAGCGGCAGUGUUACCGUAGAUAUUGACGAUGUGGCAACAAACACAGAUGUUAUAUCACAAGAAGUUGAAGAAUUCCAUGUUAUAACUGACUCCACUGUUUCUUUAGAUGUAGAAAGCAAGGCAACAGACACAGAUGUUUCACUACGUGAAGAGAUCCCCAUCUUUCACUCCCACAAUAGGUUGUCGCGCGACUGUCCUACAGAAGCUACCGUCUCCAGCAAGCAAAUCAGUGGCAAUGUGAAUGUAGAUAUUGACGAUGUGCCAAUUGACACUGAUAUUCUACUACAAGAGGACUCCACCCAUUGUCAAUCCCCUAAUUUAUUGAUGCUGGACUAUCCGGUGGAAGCUGAUUUUUCCGGUCAGCAAAUCGGUGGCAAUGUGAACGUAGAUUUUGACAAUGUGGCAACAGACACCGAUGUUACACUACAAGAAGUUGAAGAAUUCCAUGUUAUAGCUGACUCCAGUUUUACUUUAGAUGUAGAAAACAUGGCCAUUGAUACAGACAUUUUCCUACAUGAAAAUGAGGAAUUAACUGAAACUGUAGAGUAUGACUCGAAUCAAAUGUGUGAAAAGGCGGAAGAAAUGAUCGUAUGUUUUUAUUGUGGAAUACUUUGUGCGGAAACAAAUCUUGAAGAACACGUCAGGUCUGAGCAUGAUGCUAGUUUCUUCACAGCAGCGAAUGAACCAAAAAGUGUAACCAAAGAAUAUCAAGGAAAGAAAAACUUUUGCCCUUACUGUAAAGUGUUACAAGCACAGUUGCCUCGUCAUUUGUACCGGAAACAUGCAGAUGACCUUUGGUCGAACAAAUCAUGAAAUUAAGCAAAGAUGAUUCAAAGCGACAGCAAUUACUGAAACAAGUUUUGGAUGAAGGAAAUUUUCUAUACAAUUCAAGUAAUCACAUUGUCAUACCUCAUCACCGGUCACACCACAAAGAGAGCACAAAAGAAAAUUAUAUUCCUUGUCCAUUUUGUAAGGGGUUUUACUCAAAACGUAACUUACGAAAUCACCUAAAUUUAAAUUGUAAAUCUAAACCAAACCAUCAACAUCGAAUACAGAAUGUACAAGCAGCUUCUAGAGCUACGCUGCCUCAAAUACAUCCGCAUGCCAGCAAGGUUAUUAGAGAACAAAUUUAUCCAAAACUUUCAAACGAUGAAAUUACACGAAUAGUUUGUAAUGAUGCUCAUAUAAUAGAAUUUGUCAAUUUAAUGGCUAUAAAAUAUAGUAAUAGCACUCACCACCAAGCUAUGAUUCGGAGCAUUCUGAUUGAAAUGAAAAAACGAGAUGACAAGAUUACCAAUAUACUAUUUUUGAACCGAACCAUUUUGAUACUUUUAUAGAAGCCAUACAUAAUAUUGCGGGUUUGAAUGAUGGGAAAUUUAAUAUUCCUAGUUUUGGACCAGCAUCAAUUACGCUUAUGAGAAAAAUGGGAGGAAUCGUAGAAUCAUGUGCAAUUAAGGAAAAGGAUUUGGUAAAGCAAACCAACGCUCAAAAUUUUUUAAAACUACUGAAUACUAUGGGGAAUUCUUUGGUCUCGAGAGUUGCUGAAGAAAAUAGAACACAACAACAACGGUCGACGAAAAUUGUUCUUCCGAAAAUGGAGGAUAUAAAUAAGCUUUACAAACAUAUAAAUACAGUUAUUGAAAGGUGUAGCGCAGAAUUAAACAAUUCUUUCAACAUGAAGAUGUGGCUGCGAUUAUCAAAAGCUACUUUGGUACAGAUAAUGCUUUUUAACCGGAAAAGACCGGGUGAUGUUGAAAAGUCUCAGUUGUCGGAGUAUGAAACCUUGGAAACCAUUUCUAAAGAUGCCACACUUUUUGAUGAGACACAAACACAAAUGGCAAGGCAAUUCGGACGAUACAUUACAAGAGGUAAACUUAACUCACCUGCACCUUUGUUAGUUUCGGAAUUAAACAUGAAUGCCAUUACUUUACUAUUAAAGUAUCGUAACAAAGCUAAAGUAUCAAGGGACAAUCCUUAUCUGUUUGCCCAACCCCCAGGUACAUCGAGGAAAUUUUUAAGUGCCAAUAUUUCUCUAAAAGAGUUUUGUAAAGAAGUUGAGCUGCAGAAUAAGAACAUUACGGCUACUAAAUUAAGAAAACAUCUUGCAACAGUUACUGGUACUCUUAAAAAGGAUGAUAUUCAAAUGGUAAGCGAUUUUAUGGGUCAUUCGAUCGACAUCCAUAACAAGAUAUACAACCAGAGAGCUAUUGUAAAGGAGAUAUGUGAAGUAGGUCCUCUGCUGUUAACGGCUGUUGGAGAUAUCAAUGCUCCUUGCAGUUCCCAAAUGGUAUCGGACGUUUUGGUGGAUACAGAAUCGGUAUCUGAUGUGAUGGAGAUUGAUACAGUAGGUGACGUGAUGAUUCAAGAGACUUGUUCUUCAAAACAACGAAAAAACGACAAACUAUCAAGCCCUGAACUAUCUGAAACAUGUGAAAUUGUAAAUACUCCUUCUCAAAGCGACGAUGGAUGCGAGGACGAUCCUCCAUAUCAACCCGAUCUAUCAAUAAUUCUGGAGUGUGAUUCCAAUACAGAAGAUGAAGAGGGACACUCUAUAGCGACGAGACGUGAGAGAGUAAGCUAAUAUGGCAAUAAAAAAUUAAGCAAAAGGAGCACUUGGACCACACCAGAAAGAAAGGAAGUACGAAAAAUUUUUGCAGGCUAUUUGCAGCAUGGUGAAGGCGACAAUCGUCUACCCAGCUUAGAAACUUGUGAAGAGUUUAAGCAUAAAAACAGUAUUCUAGGUGGAAGGAGUUCGCAACAGAAACGAUUAUUCCUUCGUGGGGAACAGAAGAGGCGGGG